GUGGUACUGAACCAAGAGGCUCCAAAUUCUCGCUUCUCAUUGGACGCAGGACGCACGGCGGUCUCCUCGGCACCCCUCUGAUUCGUCGCUUCACCUGCCCGUUCAGCAGGAUUUCCUUCACAACAGACUGAACCGGGGGGCAGCUGCCGCGGAGCCAGUGCGCUCUCAAUGUCACCGGCACCGGAGAAGAUGAAUUUAGCAUUGACGUCCGUAAAUGCCGUCGCCACGGGGCCGUGAACAUCCUCAGCCAGGUUGUCUGGCUAAUCACCCCACGGCUGCACCCUGACACUAUCAUCUGUUCAGUCUCUUUCCUCCAGCCACCCCCAUCCAGCUCCUCUUCCCUCCUCCUCACCUGGUGGCCUAUUUAUACCCAGGAGACUCAAAAGAGUCCAUUAAAGCUCCGCCGACCUUUUCAGCAAGAGACAACAGUGAGCAUGAAUCCGAUAACACAUGGCUUAUCUGAUCUCUACGCUCAUCACCUUUUCUGCAACAGUGAGGAAAACUGAAAUGUUGAUAAAAUGUAGCGAGGCAACAGCUGCUUCCAACUUGCGAUGACAGAUUGGUCCUGAUAUUCCACUGUGGCGAGGACUGUUUCAGCAGAUUUGGGACAUUUUGGAUGCAGCGUGAGCUUCGACCCACUACAGAAAAGCAGUCACAUAUAGUAUUUGUUUAUUGACUGAGUUGUCUAAAUGGCUGCUCUACUGGGACAAGGACACUGAAAUUACUUUCAUUUUAAAUGGCUCACUUGUCUGAAGUCCUGCAUCAGUCCCCGCUAUGAGCUAAGCUGACCCCACCCUGGGCAUCCCUUGCAGGAUGACUGCUGUCUGCCCCUCUGAGAGCAGCCCAGAAGGGGCUGAAGCCGGGGCUGGGGCAGCAAGCUCGAGGGUGUCGGGGACAGCAUGUACCGCUGGGACCAGCUCAGCUUCUGGGGCCGACACAGGGGAGUCAAAUGGAGACUCCGUCGGAGGUUCCAUCGGAGGCACAGGCAUAGGUACUAGCGGCCAAAGACACACCCGCUGGAUCCACCAGGACAGCUCGGACAUCAACACAGAUGACGAGGGGGCCACAAUCCGCCGCCUCACUCCACUGGAGAGACUGAACCUGGACAUGUGUCAGGAUGAAAGGGUGGUGCGUGAGCUAACGGUGGGCAGACGAAUCGGCUUUUACAAAAUUCGAGGAGAGAUUGGGUGUGGAAAUUUCUCCCAUGUCAAGCUAGGAAUUCAUGCCCUCACCAAAGACAAAGUGGCCAUAAAGAUCUUAGACAAAACCAAGCUUGAUCAGAAGACCCAGAGGCUGUUGUCCAGAGAGAUUUCUAGCAUGGAGAAGCUGCACCAUCCCAACAUCAUACGCCUCUAUGAGGUGGUGGAGACUUUAUCUCGGUUGCACCUGGUGAUGGAGUACGCAGGAGGAGGGGAACUCUACAGCAAGAUUACCACAGAAGGAAAACUUUCUGACACUGAUAGCAAGAUUGUCUUUGCUCAAAUCCUCUCUGCCGUUAAACACAUGCAUGAAAACAACAUCAUCCACCGUGACUUGAAGGCAGAAAAUGUCUUCUACACAAGCAGUUCUUGUGUCAAGGUGGGGGACUUUGGAUUUAGCACGCUGAGCCGCCAGGAUGAGACACUCAACACGUUCUGUGGCUCUCCGCCUUAUGCCGCACCCGAACUCUUCCGGGACGAGCAUUAUGUUGGCAUCUUUGUCGACAUCUGGGCCCUGGGGGUGAUGCUGUUCUUUAUGGUGACAGGCACCAUGCCAUUCAGGGCCGACACCGUGGCCAAACUGAAGCGAUGCAUUAUGGAGGGGGCCUACAUCCUGCCCACUUGGGUGCCUGAGGCAUGCCAGAGGCUGAUCAGGGGAAUCCUCCAGCCCAUACCAGCUGACCGCUGCACUGUGGAACAGAUGAUGGGAUGUGAGUGGCUGCUCCCUGUGGACUUCCCACGUGCCUUGGAGCCCUUUAAACUAGACCCAUCCCACCUAGCAGAGAGUGAUCCAUCCGAGCUUAUCGAGGAAGAGUUGGAGGUAAAAGCAGCGCUGGAGACACUAGGAAUUACCUCAGAACACAUCCUCAAUAACCAGGGCAAAGACUGCAGGAGCUCCAUCACUGGGGUCUAUCGGAUCCUGCUGCACCGGGCUCACAGGAGACGAGUUGUUGAGAGCAAACCUGUGGUUAAACAAGUCACGGGACCAACCACAACGAGUAAAAAGGAACGACUAAAAGUGUACCGUAGUUUACGGCACACAUCCAAACUGUGUGUGAUUCUGUGACAAACCUCUCUGCUUCACUCCAGAAAUUCACUGACGCAUCAGUCUGGGAUGAGACUGCAUGGAUUCCAUGAUAAAUUCAAAGUCCUUCUCUGUCCAGUAGUAUAAAUUCACAUCAUGGUAAAUAACCCCAUUCAGCUCCUGAUAUCUGGCUCUUCUUACUUUACUGUUUCUGUUGAAGUAAAUGAAAUGAGUUUCUGCCAGUGAAUCUUUUUGUCUCCUAUUUCUAAAUGGGACAUGAAAUCCACAAGAAAUUGGGAAAUGUUCUUAAAUACAAUUCUUUUAGGUUAAUAUGUUGAUGAUUAGAUGUCAGACAGAACUUGUUAUGUGGGUUAUGCAGGCCAGAUAAUUAUGGCUCACAUCUGGUCUAUGUUCAGUUGUGUUGUAGCAACGAAUCCUGUGAGAAUCAAUGUAGCAUCAAUUUGAAGGGAAAAGGUCCACAACAUUAUGCUGAGGUGAUAAAGUGGUGAAACAUGCAGUCAGUACAUGAAACGUGGUGUCUUUAAUGUUUAAUUGCACUUUUCUUUGAUGCCUUAGGUUUUUUUUAAUCGUGUUUUGAAAUCAGACAGACUGGUUUCACUACAUUCCUUAAUGUUUGUGAUGACAUAGAGACUUUACAUCUUAUGUGAUGGGUCUCUGUGGGAUGGUCCUAUUACGCUGGUCGACUUCACUAACCUCACAUAUUUUCCCUCGAGGCUGAAAAAAAAGCCAGUAAAUGACAUCAAGCUAUGAAUACCAACAUACAAACUAAGUUACUAGUUCCUGUGGAAACAUUAUUUUUGACCGAGACAAUUUCAGUAUAAGGUUCGGUCAUUAGGUUUUUAAUCAUAUGACGCCAUUUCCAUGCUAAUGUGCUGAUUGAAAUAAAUAUUAAUUUGAAACAUC